AUGUGGCUGGAGUCCACCACGACCGACGAGUCAUCGCGAACAGAAGAGGAGAUAGUGGCAGCAGCCAACACGGAAAUGAGGGGUCGCGCUGAAAGGAGAAGGUACUGGAUGCAGAAAAUCGAAACUAUGUCGGAGCGCGAGUUCAUCGGGCUGUUUCGCAUCAACAGGGCCAUUCUCGAGCAUAUCGAGAAGGGCUUGGUCGAUGAAUUUCGCCCCAUCACGGCCACCAACGUGACUGUGUGCCACAGGGUGGUAGAUGUGUUUCUCCAGGAGUUUCCUAAGAAGUUCAAGGCUGACUGGGUUCGUUUCCCCACGCGCGAGAGAAUGCAGGAAAUGGAGGCGGAGUUCAGAGAGUGCAAAGGAGUGCCUAAUGUCAUAGGCGCGGUGGAUGGGACUCAUUUGCAGGUGCGCGGGAUUGACGAUUACCGCAGCGAGUACUACUGCCGCAAGCAGACAGCAAGGUUUUCAAGAAGAGUGCUUUAUAUGGGAAGCUACAAAUGGGAGCGAUACAACCAUACCAAAUUCUAG